CCCAUUGGUUUAUAUUGGACCAAUCAAAAUGAUUUGUUUGUACCGACUACUGCGACGGGACGAAAACCCAGAGAAUGGCCUUAUUGCGAAAAAUCCGAAUUCUAAUGUGAGUGUAGAGGAGCACGUAACCAACGGGUCUUAUGGCCGCGCAUCGAGGUACAUCUCGUGCUGUAAGUCCCUGGAUGCCGCGCGGAGCUUUGCUUCACAUUCAGUAACCCGCCCUCGAAUCAUUGUGGAGAUCCUAUUAGACGCGAAUACCGUAAUAGACCUGACAGAUGAGGAAACCCGUUCCAUGCUUGUGCAGAACGAAACAGGAAGAAACUACGCCAGAUGUUUUGAGGAAGUUCUGAUUGAAGGUUACAUUCCGCCGGAGUGUAUUUCAAUUGCACAAAUUAUUAAUUGAUUAAAUUAUUGGUGUACUUUAAAAUUUUCAUCGGCUAGUUUUAAGAUUUUAAUGUUUUAUGCAUUCGCUGGGUGUGUUGUUGAAAUGUUUUCAAAAAUGUUUAUUGUUUAUAUUUAUUGAAGUUUAUGUAAAUACUUAGUUUAUAAUAAAUAUUAUAUUGCAAUUUAA